UGUUUGCGUGCCUGUGGGGGUGGGGGAGGUAUCCCUCCCUGGACCCCAGCGAUUUCCUCUCUCGCCUUGUCUGGGUCAUCUCGUCUGCCCGCCGCUGGCCUGGCCCCGUCUGUCUCUCUCAGCAGCUGUCUUUCUCGCGCCCACUGGCCGGUCUCUCCUCUUCCCCGCAGUCGCCUCCUUCUCUGCCUGCUUGGGUGGCCGCCAUGGGCCGGAAGCGGCUCAUCACUGACUCCUACCCGGUUGUGAAGAGAAGGGAGGGGCCCGCUGGGCACAGCAAGGGGGAGCUGGCACCCGAGCUAGGGGAGGAGCCCCAGCCCCCCGACGAGGACGAGGCGGAGCUGCAGCUGCUGAGGCAGUUUGACCUGGCCUGGCAGUAUGGGCCCUGCACCGGUGAGAACCCACCUAGCCUCACGGAGGCACCUCUCCCAGCCAGUCCCGUCACCCACAUGUCUCUGAAGCCACCCAAGCGCCCGUGUGACUGUGAUCUUCGGGCACUGUCUCCCCCACAACACACACAUUUUCCAGCUCAGACUCUACCCCACCUGCCACGAGCCUCCAGAGUCUUCUUCCCACCCUGGCAGGGAUCACACGGCUGCAGCGCUGGUGUCGGGCCAAGCAGCUGGGCUUGGAGCCUCCCCCAGAGGUGUGGCAGGUGCUGAAGACCCACCCCGGAGACCCCCGCUUCCAGUGCAGCCUCUGGCAUCUCUAUCCACUGUGAGGCCUGGGACCUCCUGCCCUUGGCUCUCCUGCUCACCACCCAAGAACCUCAGGACAGAAGCGAAAGCCCACUGCUCCUACUCAGCUCAGCCCCGCUGUGGAGGAACCCUUGGCGGGCGGACCCUGGAGGUGUUCGAGGCUCAGCUCCUCCAUCUAACCAGCAGGCUCCCAGAGCCCCCAGGGAGAGCCAGCACAGCUGAAGCAAAGCGGUCCUCGAUGGAGAGUGGCCUUGGGGAAAAGGACCCGGCCAUUGCCUUCCGAUACCUGCUGCCUGCCUCCCUGACCCACGGUGUGGCAAGUUAGGCACAGCCAGACAGGGGCAGUUGAUCCAUGAGGCAAAGAUGCUGUCCUACCUAAGGCCAGGAAUCUGAGAGCAGGACUGGCUGAGCUCCCAGGGCAAGGGGUUCACUAAUGCUUAUCAAUAAAGAACACUGAGCCUGGAA